CUAUUGCAAAUCCAGUGCUCUGUGCACCAGGAGCCUGGUGGUGAGAUUCCGGCCUGCCUGAGAGCAUCCCGGUUUCUUUGACAGAAAUCUGUGUGCUAGUGGAAGUCUCCUGGAUGUCCCCGGUCCAGCUUGGCCUUAACUUUCUGUCUGUAGCAAGCUGAGGUGCCAUGGGUGGAAGGCUGUUGUGAAUUAUGAUACCCAAGCUGGGGAUGGAGCAGUUCACAGAGUAAUUCCUUGAAGACUGACUCCUGUGCUGUGGUCCUUUCUCAGCCUGGUGCCCUGUCGCAUUAUCUUUGGUGACUCUUUUCUCCAUGUGGUGACCCACCUAACACCCAGGGUUGAGGGUGGCCACAGGUUUCUCGACCUUUUCUACUCAGGGAGCCCUCUCCACCCGACUCAGCCUCCCACAUGCCCAGCCACACUCGACAGCCUAGGGCUAGCCUCAGACAUCGUUGUGAACUGUACCGAGUCAGAAAUCUCCAACACCCUGGCCUCAUUCAUUCUCUGACCCCACCCUGCCAACCUCCCAGCCCUCUGGUGGCCUCACUCCCACUGUUUCUGCCCCUCUAGCUCACGGAGGCCUCCCUUCUUCAAGCCGUGCCUUCCCUCCUGGGCAGUCGGCUCUCUGGCCCAACUUCUCUCCCUGGCCCAGGUGUGUGUUGAUCACCUCUUCCCAACACCCCAGGCCGCCUUGCUGUGUGUGUCCUGCUGCUGUGACACCCACCUCUGGGUCCUACAACUCUCUUCCUCCUCUUCUAUGCAGUGUUCGAGAAAUGGAGAAAAUAACGAAACUGCACUGGUACCACUACACAUUGCUGGUUUCUUGGUGAAAAGUUGGAAUUAAAGCAACGUUGAAAUAGAUGUUUGGGUAGUUUUCAGGAAAACUGACGAGUGUAGUCUUCAGCUGCAGCUGUGCUUUCAGUAUCGCUCAGCUGCCCUGUGUUUGUCUGUCUGUGUCACUCCAGGCAGGUGACCUCGUCUCCUCACUCAUGGACAUUAUUUAGUCUGUCAGGAGCAGCUGUGUGACCUGAGCCUCGUGGGCCCCUCCCGCCCACCCCACUCGAGCUGAGAGUGAAUGCUUGCUCACUCAGGAAGGCCCAGACUCGGCAGUCUCACCUGCAUGGGCGGUUUCCGCGGAGCCGGGUGUGGGCCGAGCCCUGCCUGAUUGAGGCUGCCAAGGAGGAAUACGACGGGGUAAUAGAAGAAUUUCUGGCGACAGGAGAGAAACUCUUUGGGCCCUAUGUUUGGGGAAGGUAUGACGUGCUCUUCAUGCCACCAUCCUUUCCAUUUGGAGGAAUGGAGAACCCUUGUCUGACCUUCGUCACCCCCUGCCUGCUAGCGGGGGACCGCUCCUUGGCUGAUGUCAUCAUCCAUGAGAUCUCCCACAGUUGGUUUGGGAACCUGGUCACCAAUGCCAACUGGGGGGAGUUCUGGCUCAAUGAAGGCUUCACCAUGUAUGCCCAGAGGAGGAUCUCCAGUGCCCUCUUUGGGGCUGCUUACACCUGCCUGGAAGCUGCCACUGGGCGAGCUCUGCUUCGGCAGCACAUGGACAUCACCGGCGAGGAAAACCCGCUCAACAAGCUCCGCGUGAAGAUUGAACCAGGUGUUGACCCGGAUGACACCUACAACGAGACCCCCUAUGAGAAAGGUUUCUGCUUCGUCUCCUACCUGGCCCACUUGGUGGGUGACCAGGAACAGUUUGACAACUUUCUCAAGGCCUAUGUCAAUGAAUUUAAAUUCCAAAGUAUCGUAGCUGAGGACUUUCUGGAAUUCUUCUUGGAAUAUUUCCCUGAGCUGAAGGAAAGGAAGGUGGAUUCCAUUCCAGGCUUUGAGUUUGAUCAAUGGCUGAAUACCCCUGGCUGGCCCCCCUACCUCCCCGAUCUCUCCCCUGGGGACUCACUCAUGAAGCCUGCCGAAGAGCUGGCCCAGCUGUGGAUGGCUGAGGAGCUGGACAUGAAGGCCAUUGAAGCUAUGGCCAUCUCUACCUGGAAGACCUACCAGCUGGUGUACUUCCUAGAUAAGAUCCUGCAGAAAUCUCCUCUCCCUCCCGGGAAUGUGAAGAAACUCGGAGAGACAUACCCAAAGAUCUCCAAGUCGCUGAACGCAGAGCUGCGGCUGCGAUGGGGCCAGAUCGUCCUUAAGAACGACCACCAGGAGGAUUUCUGGAAAGUGAAGGAAUUCCUGCAGAGCCAGGGGAAGCAGAAGUACACCCUGCCGCUGUACCACGCCAUGAUGGGUGGCAGUGAGGGGGCCCGGGCCCUCGCCAAGGAGACAUUUGCGGCCACCGCCUCCCAGCUCCACAGCAAUGUUGUCAGCUACGUCCAGCAGAUCGUGGAGCCCAAGGACAGUUAGAGGCUCGCACGCACGGCUACAGGCUUUCAGAGUAAUUGUGCCCCCAUUCUGGCUCUCCAGUUAGCCUCUCAAAGUCUGCGUCCCUGGGAUAAUCUGUUCUCUGGGCUUGAUGUCCGUGACCUGUGGGCCUCUGCCCUGGCAGGCGCUUCUCUGGCCUCUGGGUCCCGAGACCGGGACCUUCCGUGGCUCUCCCCGGUGUGGGCCGCUGGCUAUGCAGCUGCCACCAGUCCUCUCCUUGUUCCCGCUGCGGUCCGGGGAAGAGAGAGGGGAUUUCUUUUAUUUUUCUUUUUUUGCUGAUUCUGGAAGUACUAUGCAAAGGGCUGCAUUCUGAUAAUACUUUUUUCAGGCUUAAUCUUUAUUUUAAUAAAUAUCUUUAAGUGAAAAGUA